GGCGUGGCUACAUGAUGAGGGCAAGAAUUUCCUCGGCGCUGAUUGGCGGAGUCUGCUCGCCUGCCUUGUCAUGCGGCUUCACUUCCGGCUUCCGGUCCCACUGAAGCACAUUCACAGGGGUAGGUGAAGUUAGGGUGCAGGGGAGGGACCCCAGAGUUAUUAUAGAGUUAGGGGAGCGGGGAGAGGGAUCCCAGAGUUAUUAUAGAGUUAGGGGUGCAGGGAGAGGGACCCCAGAGUUAUUAUAGAGUUAGGGGAGCAGGGAGAGGGAUCCCAGAGUUAUUAUAGAGUUAGGGGAGCAGGGAGAGGGAUCCCAGAGUUAUUAUAGAGUUAGGGGAGCAGGGAGAGGGACCCCAGAGUUAUUAUAGAGUUAGGGGAGCAGGGAGAGGGACCCCAGAGUUAUUAUAGAGUUAGGGGAGCAGGGAGAGGGACCCCAAAGCUAUUACACAGUUAGGGGUGCAGGAAAGAGGGACCCCAGAGCUAUUACAGAGUUGGGGUGCAGGAGAGGACCCCAGAGUUACUAUAGAGUUAGGGGCGUGCAGGGAGAGGGAUCCCAGAGGCAUUAUAGAGUAUUAGGGGUGCAGGAGGACCCCAGAGUUGGUCAUAUAGAGAGUUAGGGGAGCAGGGGAGAGGGACCCCAGAGUUGGCUUAUAGAGGCGGCGAGCAGGUGUGAGAGGGACCCCAGAGUUAUUAUAUAGAGUUGUGGAGCGCGGCGAGUGGACCCCACAGGAGUUAUUAUAGGAGUUAGGGGAGUAGGAGAGGGACCCCAGAGUUGGCUAUAUAGAGUUAGAGCAGAGAGGGACCCCCAGAGUUAGCUAUAGAGUUAGGGGAGCAGGAGAGGGACCCCAGAGUUGGCUAUAGAGUUAGGGGGUGAGGGAGGGGGACCCCAGAGUUAUUAUAGAGUUAGGGGAGCAGGGAGAGGGACCCCAGAGUUAUUAUAGAGUUAGGGGAGCAGGGAGAGGGACCCCAGAGUUAUUAUAGAGUUAGGGGAGCAGGGAGAGGGACCCCAGAGUUAUUAUAGAGUUAGGGGAGCAGGGAGAGGGACCCCAGAGUUAUUAUAGAGUUAGGGGUGCAGGUAGAGGGACCCCAGAGUUAUUAUAGAGUUAGGGGUGCAGGGAGAGGGACCCCAGAGUUAUUAUAGAGUUAGGGGUGCAGGGGAGGGACCCCAGAGUUAUUAUAGAGUUAGGGGACCAGGGAGAGGGACCCCAGAGUUAUUAUAGAGUUAGGGGGUGCAGGGAGAGGGACCCCAGAGUUAUUAUAGAGCUAGGGGGUGCAGGGAGAGGGACCCCAGAGUUAUUAUAGAGUUAGGGGGUGCAGGGAGAGGGACCCCAGAGUUAUUAUAGAGUUAGGGGUGCAGAGGGAGGAGAGGGACCCAGAGUUAUUGUAGAGAUAGGGGUACAGGGACAGUGUACCUAGAGUUAUUAUAGAGUUUGGGGGCUAAGAGAGGUGACCAGGUUAUUGUGUAGUUGUGGGUCCUGGGAGAGUUAUUGUACAUGACACGUGUCGUUACAAGAAAAUACAUGUACCAGAGGAACUCAGGGGCAGGGUGAGAAUGCAUUUGAAAUAAAAAUAAAUAAUUUUUUUUAGAGUUAGGAUUGUAUGCCACAUCUUCUCAUUGUGAAAUAACGUACCAAAAAUUUUCUUGGUUGAGCAAUAAGUUAUAUUCUAGUAUUAUUGCUUCAGUAUAUUAUAUUCUUGUAAGAACUGAGCAAUAUAGUCUACAUUGGAAGUCUAGUUUUAUAGUUGUUGACUGUUUCAGGUCUCAAUUAAGGAAGUAAAGGGUAUUUCGUUAUCUACUAGCAGGGUAACUGGUUUGGUGAGGUUUGGAUAGUGUUUUGCUACAGAGAUAGGGCAGUGCAGGUUAAAGUAAGUUUCAGAAAGGUUUACAAGUUAGGGAUCACGAAACAUAACUGCACGUGAGCAAAUAGGAGCAUCGUUUUCCAGUGGCAUACAGAGGAUACUGCACAGGUAAUAUGGCUCUGUCAUUUGGGGGUUCAAAUAGUGGUUCUACAUGAAGAGCAAAUCUAAGGGAAAAACCAAAAGUAGGGAGAUAAGCAGAACAAGUUAAGUUACAACUUUAAUAUGUUUUAUAAAGUAAGAAAUAAACCCUUUUUAAAAGGGAACAAUCACAUUGUGCAAAAAUAUGUUAUGUCCAAAAUUGCAUUUAAACCCGUUUAAAAUAUGCUUUUAUUGUGCAAUGUGAUACUUCCUUUUUAACAGGGAUCUAUUUUCCUACGUUGUAAGCAUGUUCAUUAAAGCUUUAAUGUGACUCAACAACUGUAACCCAUGUGUGCGGAGAAAGGCCGAACUUAUAACUAUUCAACUAUCUACGUGAUUCUGUUUUCAUCCAAUAAAACUGUAUGUAAAGCUUUGCUACAAAUUGUUUUUCUGGUUUUGUAUUGUGUGCAUAUAUUUCUACCCUCCAUACAGUCCUCAAUUUAUACGUAAAUCAUUAAUAGUUCUGCUGCAGUGUCAUAGUCGGUUUCUUCCCCUUUUCAGUCUCCACAUACUGACCAAUGGAUCAGCCUACUGAACUUUCAGGCAAAAACAUGGGACCUCCUGGAGUAUAUUUCUAGCAGAUUGUCUAUAGCUUGUAACUAUAUUUCUUAGUGUAAAAUUUUGGCAAAUGCUGACACCAGGCUAUAUACAGAGAAUAAAGGACGAUUUGCUCAGUCAGCUCUGAAGAGAACAUUUUCAAAAAUAGCCACAAUUUAUAAGCCAACCAUCUGUCUGAGAGACAUAACAGAGGAAAGCUUGUGCCUUCCCAGACAAUCAGAGUGUGUGUGAAGCUCUACCUCUAAUAGACUUUAACACUGCUUACUGUGAAGGAGACCGAGCCACAGCAGUAUUUACUGCUUAAUUCAGUUCUGUAAAUGGGGCUGUUAUUAAAAAGCACAGCUGCUGCCAUUCAUAUAUGAUAAAUUAAAAUUAUCCCAGGUAUUGGGAAAAACAAUUAUUACAAUUGUAAAAGGAAUGUCAUUUGAAAAAGUUGGAAGUCUGUAGAACUCUCGUGGGGUGGUGGAUAGUUUUUUUGUCUGUUUUUAUGUGGAUGAAUGUAUUUUAAUUAUUCUUUUGUAAAAUGUAUUUAUGGUGGAAAAUCUGAUAAUAAAAAGAUAAUAAAAAAAAAAAAAAUUAUCCCAGGUGAUGAGCAGAGGUUGAUGAAAUAGCUGAAUAACUUCAACCUUCAUAAAAAAUACACGUGGUUUCUGUGUUGCAUGAGCCAGUUCCUGGCUUGGCAAACACCCAGUGUAGUAUAACAGCAAAGGCAGAAAUUGCAAAGGGAAAUCCUUAUUUUCUUCAUUUUUUUGUGUGUGAAAAUAUGGGGGAUGGGGGGAAACUGUGUGUGUGUGUAUAUGUGUAUGUUUAUAUAUGUAUAUAUAUAUAUAUAUAUGUGUGUGUGUGUAUAUAGUCGGUUCUAUAUUGCUAUAUUGUUUCAUGUUUCUCUUACUGUUUACAGGAUGGGUACCGUUCGCUGGUGUGUUUAUCUCGUGGUUCUUUCAGCCAUGGUUGCAGCUGAUCUCGUAAAUGAUUGUGUGCUGGUGGGAGGUGAGCAGAAGUCUGCGAUAGAUCAAGCUGUCCUGGCAAAGCUGGCUCCACUGAAGAACAAGAGGUAACAUUUUACAUUUGUUCUCAAACCAUUGUGAAGUAGACCAUUAAUGUACGAAUUUGCAGGCAAUGUCUUGGAGAAUCAGCGAAAAAUGGCAAAAUAAUUGUCUGUCUACACUGACUGUUUUGUUGCUUGAUAACCUUAGAUAAUACAGUGUUAUCUAAGUUGCUGAUUUGUCAUUGCCAAUUCACUGUAUUCUGUUUGUAGUUUUUUAAAGGGUUACUCUAGCUACCAUGCAACUUCUGCUUUCAAGUGGAUAUCCUGUACAUACUGAGAUAUUUGCACUUGUGUGCCGGGAGCCAAAUGUCAAAGUCUGUUUUCCUACUCGGAAUUGAGGCAUACUGCUCAAUAUUGUAGCUGGAGAAAGGUUUAUGUCGUGAUGAUCAAAAACCAAAUAUAAGGAAAAAAGUGAAUGCGUGCGUUUGUUGAUAAUUUCACUAGUACAUUGUGUAAAUCACACACAAACCUUCAAUUUGUGGAAACCUAGAAUGUGGAAAUGAUAACUUCCUAUCUUUUUUUUAUUUUUCAUUUUAUUUUUUUAGGCAUUGAAAGGAAACCUAAGGGGUUAAUAGGACCCCUAAUUUUUAAUGCAUUAAUAACAAAUAAUGCAAAAAUAAUUUAAAGGUCAGUAUUUAAUUUUCAAUUUUGUUUUCCUGAGUCAACCUUGCAGUGGUUCUGUCUGCAUCUACAUGCAGAUUUGUCCCACACCAGGACGAAACUCUUAUUCCAUAAACAAAUGCCGUGCAGAGGCUUAUGUACCAAGUGGUUUAUCCUUCAAGAGCAGUUCCACUCUGUAAAAGGAUAACAACCUACCAAGGCUGCUAUCAGUUUACACAAAGCCUCGCUCAUUGUUUACUGAACCAAACUGUAUUAAGUUCUCCGUGUGUGCAGUUGAUGGCUUGGUUAUCUCUCUCUCCUGGGAGGAGAGAGCUCAGUCCAAAAUCUGCAUAAAAUUGAUAUAGCCCCAGUUAAAUAUGUCAAGUAUCUUAGAUCUGGCAGUGUUUCAAUAUGAAAUGCUGUACAGACUGGGUCCUUGCACUAUAAUCGCAUUAGCAGUUGAAGUUGCUAUAAUGUUAAGAGGGUAACAUUGUUCUGGGAGCUCAUGAGAGGGCUUAACUAUUCUUUUAUCUAAUAUAACUUUAUAAACACACCUCCGUAAUCCUGCCUGAUUUCUCAACUAACCAGUGCAUACAUGUUUAAUAAUGUUUUUACUUUAUUAGAUUUGUAGGUUUUUUUGUUUUUGUUUUGGGUUUUUCAUUUAUUUUGGCCUACACUCUGGUCCAGCAUGUUGAUUCCUAUAACUAGAUGGAAUUGGCAUGGAAAGAUCCACCAUAUUUUUCUAGACACAGAAUACCAAUGUUUGAGAAUCACUGCAGUUAUUACACAUUAUGUAUACAGUGAGUGGUGCUGCAAAGCAUAUGCUUUCACAUUAUUUGUGAUACCUUUUGUGUUUUAUCUGUGGGUUUGUUUUUAUUUUCCUUUUCUUUUAUCUUUCUGUGCAUUCUCUUUUUUUAUAGCUAACCAUGAUAAAAUUUAUAUUAGGGAAUUGCCUGCUUAUACAUAUAACUGCUGCAAGAAGCUCUGAAUCAUCGCGUAAGCAAGUAAAGAGAUCAGCCGAGAGAGAAAAUAUAAAAAAAAAAAUAAAAAAUAAAAAAUUGAUUUAAUUGAAAAUCACAGGUGUGUGAUAAUUUGCAAAUCGAGAAUUUCAGGCUAGAAAAACCAUCAGCUGCUACAUGAUCUUAACUUGCAUAGAAUAAAGUAACUGUAACCCCCUAUAAAAUAUCAAGUUAUCGCAGUUGUAGGUGAAACUUUUCCGGGUCACUAUCUUCCCUCUAGGGAUUUAAGGUUGGACUUUGUCCAAGUACCAAUUCAGUAGAUUAAACAGACGUUCAGUGAAAUUUUCAAUCUGUGAAGGUUUUCCACUAAUGACAAAAUAAAAAGCAUAAUUUUAACCCUGAACAGUCCUUUUUUUCAAACCUUGGUUGGAACACUGCAUAGGUUCAAACUUUCUAUUUAUCUUUGGUGAGAUAAUUUUACUGCGUGUUUGUGAAUUAUUCUAGAUCUGUUGUAAAUUGCAGCUUCCAGGAUAUCUCAGAAUAUUUACACAGUGACUAGUUUUUUUUAAUAUGUGAACUGAACCAGUUCUCUAAGAUUUAGUUGGUUGUUCUUUGCUGUGCUCUCCUGUGGUGGAAUUAUUGUAACUGUGCUCUUUUAUGGUGGAUUCUACUUUUUUUUUUUUUUGCUGCUUUGUUUCUGCAGUGUGCUUGUUUGGUUGCACACCUUACCAUAGGAUUUAAAGGGACUCUAGUCCCCAGAACCACUAGUGUACUGGUUCUGAUGCCUAUAGCCUGUCCCUGCAGGAUUUUCAAUGUAAACACUGGCUUUUCAAAGAAAAGGCCGUAUUUACACUGAUGCCUAGCAACACCUCUGCUGGCAGUCACUCAAAUGGCCACUAGAGGCGCUCCCUAUCUCAGUGCUACACAGUGGACCGCACCUACAUUCAGCUUAUCCAUGAUGAACAUUCCCCAUAAAAAUGCACUUUUUCCUGUGGGAAAGCAUUGGAUUUAUGAUCCUUAGCCAGGGGAAAAAAGGGGGAGUUAAAACACCAUUCCUGUGUGAUUGGAGGGGGGCUGGUGACAUAGAUAUUUAGCUUAACAUUAUAGUUUCAGAAAAACAUGUUUCUAUUCCUGACACUAUAGUAUUCCUUUAAGUUUUUAGUUUAUGUGGUGACAGUGGAAACAUUAAAUGUACCCAUUUAUACGUCAUAAUCUACAUGAAUGUUAGCGGUGAUGUUUUCUUGGCAGUGGUGUCCAUACUAUGUUGUUACUAAGUAUUUUUUUUUUUUUAUUGCAGUUUCUCUACUUAAUUAUCAUCAGAGAGUUUAUCAUUUUUUAAAAUAUUUUUAUUUUUUUUAUUUUUUCAGAAAUGUCAUCUGCCAAUACGAAGUGUGUUCUCUAUAACUCUAAUCAUACUGGCAAAUCUUUUGUAGUUUCAGGUUAUAUCUGAUUGCUGGCUCUCUCUAGUUAAGAAAACAAUGUUGCUGCCUAUCAGGAGGGGUUCACAUCUCCACUGAGCAUGUGAAAACAAGACAUGUGCAGAACCUUGGUUCCAUCAUAAACAAAAUGCUUUUAAUCCACAUUCAAAUGAAUAGAUCCCAUGUAUGGAUUUGUUCGGGUAUGCAUUAAAAGGACUUUGAUUCUGACAAAUCGAUUUGUUUAUGUACAAACAGAAGAUUUGCAUGUCUAGUGAAAAUCUCUCACCAUCUCUCCCUAGAUGCUCACGAUAUUUCCAGGUUCAGUAAAUCUCCUUGCAGGAUACUUGUAGUGAGUAUUGACAUAUAAUCUUUAUCUUUUUUUUUUUUUUUUUUUUUAGGUUUGAAAUUGAAAUUCAAGAAGAUACUGGCACCUAUACUUACACCUUUGUGGUGUGUGGAAAGGUCCUUACCAACGGAUCAACAAAUGAGGGGCUGCUACAAACAAAAAAACCGGCAUCCACUACCGAAAAAGAGAACAAUAUCGUUAUUGGCCGAAUCAAUGAGACCCAUGUCAUCAAUGGAAGUAAGAUUUCGGAUUCCAUUCUGUUUCUGCAAUGCAGUCAUUUCGCUAUAAGAUAAGCGAUACAUUUGAUGCAUUGUUUAGUAUGUUAUUUAUAAUUAUUUUAAUUUACAGAGUGUAAUUACCAAAAUCCUGUGAUUAACCUUCUCUGUGCCACAUUGCAUUUAUAUUAUCUUAAUGUAAAGAAACACUAAAGUCUUAGACUACUUGAUAUCAAUGAAUUUUUUUUAUACAGGGGUGCAGUUUUUGUUGUUGCAAGAAUAACUAAAUAGUCCUAAAUACAAGAGCCUUAACAACACGAGAUUUUUUGUUUAAAACCCAUGGAAUAAUCCCACCUAUCUUCCAAUGUUCCCUGUUUAAAUGUUAAGUCUGUGAUGUUUCUGUUUAACACAGCUGACUGGAUAUUGCUGUCAUACAGAGGAGGAGAUAAAUAUGACAACCAUUGCGGCAGCGAACCACGGAAAGCUAUGAUAAUGAUUUCUUGCAACAAGAACACAUUGGCGGUAAGGAACGGACAGUGCUACGAGAGUGUGUACUUUCUUGUGGCAGCCAUAACUAGAAAUAAAGCAUUUUCAAAAUCUUUACAAUUUUCUUUGCAUAGUUGGAUUUGUGGUUAGAUGAUUUGAGGUAACAAUUUUAAUCCCAGAUGCUCAAGUUCAGCUGCUGCACAAAAAGGUGACUUUCACUUCUUCUGAAAUAGGCACUCAACUUCAAAUCUUGUAUUAGAAGAGAACAUAUUUCAUGUAACUUCUAGCUUUUUAAAAAGACAAUAUGAUCAGCAAAAAUAUUUAGGACAGAACAAAAUGGAACCUUAGAGUCCAGCUGUCUGGCGGUAAUUUCAAUGAAGCUAUACCGUACUGAUUGGGUAUAUACCCCGACUGCCUGACUUCUUAUUAGCCUCUCUGCACUGUCAUUGGCUGGCUUCUCAUCUAACCAAUCAUGGGUCAAAACUGGGCAAACCUUCAGUUGGUCAGAUGGCUACUGGGGCUGUGAGUUUGUACACAGAGGAUUGUUGAAAUGCAUGAACCCUUGUUUAAAUGGAAGAGAAGUGUAUAAAUGGGGCCAGUGAGGUUUAGGAAAAACCACUAGCUGUAUAUCAAACGGCUGUGUCCCUAUGUUCACAGCAUCUGGCCUGCCAUUUGUUCACCGUACCUGAUCCGUUGUGUUUGCAAUGUGCAUUUUUGUUCUUGGCAGGAUGGUUUCAUGGCAAUUAAAGAAGAAAGAAGCAAGUCCAAUGAGUGCUUUUACCUGUUUGAGAUGGACAGUAGUGUUGCCUGCCCUCCGGAGGAAUCCCAUCUCAGUGUGGGAUCCAUUCUACUUAUUGUGUAAGUGUUUACCGUGAAAGUAUUAUUACUUUUUUUUUUUUUUUUAUAUGUAAAAAAAAGUUGUGGUUGUUCCUCUAACAUUUAAUGCUACAAUUAGGUGUAAACAUGUUUAAUGUCUUUUUUUUUUUUUUUUCACCUGUAUUGUGGAGAGCUGAAUUUAGCCAUAGAAAUGCUCAGUUCUCCUCACUGUAAGACAUCUGAUUCCAUCUUAUGGUUUUUUAAAUUCUCCAUUCUAGUUCUCUCUGUGUCAGGCAGGUUUUAACUACUGAUGUUUAUAUGAUCAUAUAAAGAUGGGCAAACAAAAGAUAUGGUUGUUUUUAACGGGAGAAAAGGGGGAACUGUGACGUCAAGUAUUUUUGGAGAGUCUGGUGGUUAACAAGAAGUUUUAUUAAAUCUGAGGAUCCUGCUGCAGUGACCACAGGGAGAUCAAUAACAUAAACCCUGCUAAUGUCUUGCUCGUAUGAUGAUUUGAAGCCUAAGUAGUGCAGACCGUGAGAUACUAAGUGACCAAAUUAAUAAUGAAUGUUGAUUCACAUCCAGUCUAUAAAGAUCCGGUUAAUAAUGACAUUGGUCCUUGUGUGGUCUCUAGACUGUAGGGUCUAUAGAGAGAUUAUUAUGACAGUCUGUGUAACACCCUAUGGAUUAGAUUAAUAAUGGCAUAGACUGUAUGUGCAGUGUCUAUAGGGACCUGGUUAGUAAUUUUAUACAGUCUGUGUAGGGUCUAUGGGCACCUGGUUAGUAAUUGUACACAGUCUGUGUAGGGUUUAUAGGGACCUGGUUAGUAAUUGUGUACAGUCUGUGCAGUGUCUAUAGGGCCUGGUUAGUAAUUUUAUACCGUCUGUGUAGGGUCUAUAGGCACCUGGUUAGUAAUUGUACACAGUCUGUGUAGGGUCUAUAGGGACCUGGUUAGUAAUUGUACACAGUCUGUGUAGGGUCUAUAGGGACCUGGUUAGUAAUUGUAUACAGUCUGUGUAGGGUCUAUAGGGACCUGGUUAGUAAUUGUACACAGUCUGUGUAGGGUUUAUAGGGACCUGGUUAGUAAUUGUGUACAGUCUGUGCAGUGUCUAUAGGGCCUGGUUAGUAAUUUUAUACCGUCUGUGUAGGGUCUAUAGGCACCUGGUUAGUAAUUGUACACAGUCUGUGUAGGGUCUAUAGGGACCUGGUUAGUAAUUGUAUACAGUCUGUGUCUAUAGGGACCUGGUCUAUAGGGACCUGGUUAGUAAUUGUAUACAGUCUGUGUAGGGUCUAUAGGGACCUGGUUAGUAAUUGUACACAGUCUGUGUAGGGUCUAUAGGGACCUGGUUAGUAAUUGUACACAGUCUGUGUAGGGUCUAUAGGGACCUGGUUAGUAAUUGUACACAGUCUGUGUAGGGUCUAUAGGGACCUGGUUAGUAAUUGUACACAGUCUGUGUAGGGUCUAUAGGGACCUGGUUAGUAAUUGUAUACAGUCUGUGUAGGGUUUAUAGGGACCUGGUUAGUAAUUGUACACAGUCUGUGUAGGGUUUAUAGGGACCUGGUUAGUAAUUGUAUACAGUCUGUGUAGGGUCUAUAGGGACCUGGUUAGUAUACAGUCUGUGCAGUGUCUAUAGGGACCUGGUUAAUAAUUUUAUACCAUCUGUGUAGGGUCUAUAGGGACCUGGUUAGUAAUUGUAUACAGUCUGUGUAGGGUCUAUAGGGACCUGGUUAGUAAUUGUACACAGUCUGUGUAGGGUCUAUAGGGACCUGGUUAGUAAUUGUACACAGUCUGUGUAGGGUCUAUAGGGACCUGGUUAGUAAUUGUACACAGUCUGUGUAGGGUCUAUAGGGACCUGGUUAGUAAUUGUAUACAUUCUGUGCAGUUAUAGGGACCUGGUUAGUAUACAGGGUCUAUAGGGACCUAGUAAUUGUGUAGUAGGGACCUGGUUAGUAGUCUGUGCAGUGUCUAUAGGGAGUCUGUGUAGGGUCUAUAGGGACCUGGUUGCAGUCUAUAGGGACCUGGUUAGUAUACAGUCUGUGCAGUGUCUAUAGGGACCUGGUCUGUGUAGGGUCUAUAGGGCCUGGUUAGUAAUUUUAUAUAGGGUCUAUAGGACCUGGUUAGUAAUUGUACACAGUCUGUGUAGGGUCUAUAGGGACCUGGUUAGUAAUUUUAUACAUCUGUGUAGGGUCUAUAGGGACCUGGUUAGUAAUUGUACACAGUCUGUGUAGGGUCUAUAGGGACCUGGUUAGUAAUUGUACACAGUCUGUGUAGGGUCUAUAGGGACCUGGUUAUAAUUUAUACAUCUGUGUAGGGUCUAUAGGGACCUGGUUAGUAAUUGUAUACAGUCUGUGUAGGGUCUAUAGGGAACAUUCAUUCUGUGAGAGGGGAAAGUAGAAUGUUUAGAGCCGUUGUUAAUAAUUUGAUAGUUUUGGAUCCUUUAUUUAAAUGUAAUUGGAUGUAUCCACUAUUUAUUGAACUGUUAGUUGGUCUAGUCUUUCUGAUAUAAAGCAUGUUUGUAUGUUGUGGCAACAUUGGGUGAUGGUAACAUUGUGUUCUGUAAUAACAUGGGAAUUGCUGUAUAUGAAACAUUCUGUCCCAGGUUGGCUUUAGGUUUGCAAUGUUUAUACACUGUAGCAAUUUGAAAGGGUGUAACAUCAAAGGCAACCCUUUUUAGGAAAAUAGUCCUAAAAAUAUUUUGAUGAUCACAUAUCUGUCCUUUCUCUUUCUUCUUCUAACAUCAAAGACUUGUUUCUGCCCAUACCCACAGACCAUUUCCAGACCACUUAAUAGCCACUGCUUUAGUAGUGAGCUCGCACCAACCAUUGAUCUCUUAGGCUCGGUCAUAUCGGUUAAUACACCUUGCCUGCAAGAUGCUAUAACUAUUUAUCCGUUUACAAUUCGGGAUCUAUACAUACCUCUCAUCAGUGAUCUCUUUUUAGUUUUGUGGAGGAGGUGUGUAGUAAUGUUCUUAAAAAAAAUCAUAGUUUUUAUUUUAAGGGGAGCCCACCAAGGCACAGUAGGAUAAUAGUCAGUAUCAUAGUAUUUCUGUAUUUUCCCACUAAUUUAUUUACUCUCCCCACCUGGAUUCUAGUCUGUAACAAUGUUGCAGGGCUCUACUAGUAUCUACAUUCUUACUUUGUAACACAUAGUAUUGGAGUAUAUCUUUAGACUUUUACCAGUAGUUGUUCUUUACCUAAAAUAACCUUUACUAUCUCUGACAUAAUGCUAAGCCGCGUGUACAAAUGUCAUGUAUUUUUUUUUUUUUUUUUGGGUAAGGGUGUGUGUAAUAUCUUAUCCUAUUUAUCGUAUCGCUCAUGGUUCUGAGAUUAAAUUGUUACACAAUCUGUAAUAAUAAAAUAAGGAUCAUAUAGACAAGAGCUUUUUGGUCAUGUUUUCAUAGCACUAUAAUGUGCUGUUGACACUGACUGCUGUUGGAUGCUUCUCUUAUUAAAUGAGUGGUUUAAAAAAAAAAAAAAAAAAUUGGAACCCGAUGGAGUUCUCAUUUUUAGGAUUCUAUAACAAUGUUAGAGAUAUUAAGCUUGUACCUGAAGUCGUGUGACAUAUGACUCUGCCUAAUCCACACAGUGUGCUUCUCCACAUUCCGGACUCUGUCAAGUUCACUUUCUGAUCAACUGAGAGAUGUUGGAACCAACGAUAUGCUUCCAUAGAAGGAAUGUGGCUGGAUUUCAUGUUCAGCCAGAUUUUUGCUGGAGUACUUAAAGGACCACUAUAGUGCCAGGAAAACAAGCUUGUUUUCCUGUCAUCAUAGGGUCAUCAGGUUCCCCCCUUCAGCCACUUACCUUUCUCCAGCGCCGGGCUCCCUCUGUGCUGGGGAACACCCCCUGCUCCGAAUGCGCAUGAGCGGAACGGGGUGCGCAGUGAUAUUAGCGAGUAGAUUGUAAACCAUUUUUGUUCAUGUUCUUUGCAGAUUUGUUGUGCUGAUUGCAGUUUAUCUCAUUGGUGGAUUUCUCUAUCAGCGCUUUGUUGUUGGUGCCAAAGGCAUGGAACAGUUUCCAAAUAUCACCUUCUGGCAAGAGUUCGGCAAUUUGGUAGCAGUGAGUAUGGUUUAAUUACAAUUAAAAUAUAAAUAUAUAUUUUUUUCCUUUUACUAAAAUAAGUUUACUGAAAGUUUUUCAUGUGACAAUUGUAGCAGCAGUAUCAACAGUACAUCUCAUGGCCAAAUAGUAAUAGCCAAGCUAUGAUACAAUAAAUCCAAGGUACAGAAAGGAAUGAUAUUAUCCUGUACAGCAAGGAGCAAGCCUACGAAACCCCUUUAAUCUCCCCACACUUGCUGGAAAAGGUCCCUUUUAAUAUGAAUCCUGGGCAUUUGGCAUAUGAGGUAGGAAUUGUAAAUUAUUUUUAUUUAUUUUUUCUUGUUUAUAGGAUGGCUGUGAUUUCACUUGCCGGUCUCGGCCUCGGUCUACUGAUACGACAUAUAGAGGAGUCGGUGAUGAUCAGCUUGGGGAAGAGCCAGAAGAAAGAGACGAUCACUUAUUACCAAUGUGAUGAUAUUGGAACCCAGGUCACCCCUGAAACCUUAGGAACUGGGAGAAGCACAGCUAUAUCACCCUUAGCAGCCCCUUUUUCUGUACUUUUCCUGCUGCUUAGCCUCUCAUCUCUUUCUGCUUCUAUGCUGAAUAGGGCCUUAUUCUAAAUUCUCUUGUUGUGGUGGUCCUGCCGGUAUUAAUAUGAUCGUAUGCUGGGGACCGAACCGUAGUGCCGUGCUACCAAGUAAUGCUUCCAUGGAAAUUGUGGACUUCUGUAGUGACCCAGUACAACGCAACCGGACUCCCCAAUCUAUUUAUUACAUGUAGGCAGCGGUCUGCUGUAGGAGAGAAUGACUGAAGAUCUCUCAGCAGGAGCUCGGUUUUCGAGAUACUUUUGACAUUAUAAGGAAAAUGGAUUAUGUUGUGCAUUUAAAGUUUCAAAAGAAGUGCGGCACAGAUGGUUUCAUAAACUGCCUAGCAGUUUGCAGGUUUAUAAUCUGCAUGUUUGGCAAAAAUGGUUGAAAAUCUUCCUGUUUUGUUUUACAUCAUGUGGGACUUAGCUGGCACCAGUUAGUUUAUGCUGCAGGUUUGGUAUGUGAUGGUCUGUUCUCUUAACUACUGGACUGAUAUAACUGGUGCUAGAAGUGGGAUUAAGAUGUCACACCCAAUACACUGAAAUUUAAAGUAAUACUUAAUAAGACUUGCCCACAUUAUACAAUGUUCUCCACAGCCACUGACCUGUAUAGGGAGCACCAUUUAGUAAAAAGGGUACAGUAAGCAUUAACCACUACUGAACCGAUCACACUCCACCCCACCCUUGAAGUCAUUAUCUAAUCUUUGUUUUUGGGUGUUAAUAUUUUUUGUGAUUUUUAUUGAAGGUUUUGGGAAUUUUGUUUUGUACAAAAUAUUUUGGGAAAAUAUAAAAUGUAAAAACAGAUGUUUUGGUUUUCCUUUCUUCCUCCUAAAGUAGUCAGUGACUACUCCUAUAUAAGCAAUAAGUGAUUGGGAGAGAGCGAGGAGUGGAAUAGCGCUAAGUUUCUAUAGGGUAGGCAGCACGCCUAAACAGGUUAAUGUCUCCUAAAAACCCAAAAGAAAUAAAUAGAAAUACAAAACAAUAGGGUACGCCAAGUGAUUGGGGAUAAGAAUGACUAUAGAUAAAACAAAAUUAAACUUAAUAUACACUGACCUAUGAUAGUAAAAGUUUGUGUAUAUAAAAGGAACAAACAAAGUCCAAGAUAAAAUACAGUAGUAUGGAUAAGUCUAUAAGGGUUUGCCUGUAUCUUCAGGUUAGUGUACUUUCCAGAUGUUCAAAAUCCAGGAACAUAAAAGAGAAAAGAAAAGAACUCCCAAUAGUGCAAUAUGUAUAAAAUAAGGUAAACAUGUGAAUAAAAAGAAGUCCAAAUGACCUACUCACAUGGAAUAGAGCUAAAACAAGCUCUAGUAUAUAGCACUUGCAGUGGAUAUGAUCCCCCACUUCAGGGAUAUUGAUAGGAGACAUCAACCUGUGAUUGGGAAUCUGAGCAAAUUAGGGAAACAGCAAAUUAAAUUGAAAUCUGGAACUGGACAUUUAACCCCUUAAGGACACAUGACGGAAAUAUUCCAUCAUGAUUCCCUUUUAUUUCAGAAGUUGUGUCCUUAAGGGGUUAAAUACAAUUUGUAAAUAUUUAUCAUGAGUACCCACAUUGGAGGGUGGUUGGUAAAAUGUGCAAAUCCAGAACAAGGUGUUUAGGAUAAAACUGGGACGUUCCAUUGGUUCCCAUGGUAACUGCUGUUUUGUAGAACAUAUUUAUUCUCUCAAGUGCAGAUCAUAGUGAAUUGGACAUUUUGUGCAAAAUAAGAAGUUUGGCUCUUUUGUCCUAUAUUUCUAUUUCACUACAAUUCACUAUUUUCAGAAAAAAACCUCUGUGUGACUGAGUUUCAGUUAACAAAUACGAUUCACCAAUAUUGAUGUAGCGUAGACAGAUGUGCAAUAUUUGACACUUCCUUCUACUUGAACGUAUGAUGGAGAUGUAUAGCUAUUCACAGGGUGGGGGAAGUAAAAAUCACUGGCCUUUUGUGAUCUUUUGCAGUUACUUUUUAAAAUGGUUUAGUGAUCCCUCCAAGAGUGCAAUUUACAUUUUUGUGCUGUUAAAAAUAUCCCAAAAUGUGAUUUAUAGACAAAGUAACAAAAGUCUAUGGUUUGAGAGAUAAAAAAAAAUAAAAUAAUAAACUGCGCAGAUCUUAUUUGUCCCUGUAACUUUACAAAAAUGUGCCAAAAGUAUACAUAUAGUAUUUGCUCUAUUGCUGGGUUGUUGUUUUUUUUUUUUACAUUGCAGUAGCAUACAUAAAGAUUACAAAACACGCAGACAACAUAGGGUUCUAAUUAAACUCCAAAUGAAAACCUAGCUUCAGCUGAAUGUUUGGGUGUUUUAAAUGAAUUUUGCACCUCCAUUAGCCUGCAGUUUAGCUCAUCAGCCAAUUCUCAGUAUAAUAUGCGUUAUUGAACUAUUGACAAACAAAUUGAUUUUAUACUAAAAUCCAUUUCUGACUCCUAGGGGAAGUUACCUUUGCCACUAUGAUCAUUUGAGUUGUACUGCCAAUUUAAUCUGUGCUGUGUCACAUUAGUAUCGAGUUGCAGUUGAUUUAACGCAAAUGGAAGACCACAAAUAGCUCCUGCAGCAACAGGUACUUUGCCUAAUAAGCAAACACUCCCGACUACAUCUCCCAUGGAGCUUCGCUGUAGGAUAUGGGAGGCUGAAGGGUUCAUUUGAGACUACUGGAUAAUUUUCUAGUAAAAUGAGGGGUGCAAUUACUGUUCACCAAGGUGGGGAGAAUGUUAAGAGGGCAGACAUACAGGUGAUACUCGAAAAAUUAGAAUAUUGUGUAAAAGUUCAUUUGUUUCAA